AUGCCCUGUCUGCUUUCGCGAAGGAGCAGUGCGCUUAGCCUAAGGCGCAUCCCCAACAAGCGUCAUAUAUUCCGCCUCCUCUUCCUCUAGCCGCGGCGCCUCCGACGACUCCGCUAGGCCCCGGCCGGCACCUACCGGCCUCCGCCCGCGCCCCCCGACGGCUCCGCUCGAACCAGCGCCACGCGUCCAUGCCACCGCCCCAAGCCCCUAGCUCCUCCACGGGCCGCCGCCUAGCUCCCCACUCCCUUUGUAGCGCGCAGCGGCGGCCUCGCAUCGUUUCCUCGCUAAGGGGAUGCUAACCCACUGUCCGUUCCAUGCCGAAGCAUGCAUCCUACUGAGAUCCAAGCUCUCAAUCUAUCACUAUCACAGCUCCGUCAUCCCGUUGGAUAUUGGCACCGUGGCACGGGAAGGGAUAGUGUACUUGUGACUGGCAGAGUGACAGCUGCUGCCUUUGCUUGCUUUGGUCGUCCAACUGCUACAGGGGCUUGGACUCCUACCGCAGCGAAUAAUCGUCGGUCAGAGCCGUCGCAUGGUAUCUCCGUUCCUAUCCAUGUUUUUUCCGGGGACUCCCACUCAUGCCAAAGCCAGCGGAGUCGCAGAGCUCUAGCGAAGUUUUGGAGGUUUAGGACUCCCAAACCGCCAUUAUCCUUUGGGAGAUGGCGCUGAUCACGAAUGUCUCUGACUAUGAGGAGCUUGCAAAGCAGAAGCUGUCGAAGAUGGUUUAUGACUUCUAUGCUGCAGGUGCAGAAGACCAGCGGACACUCAAGGAGAAUAGGGAGGCAUUCUCCAGAAUUUUGUUUCGACCAAGGGUACUGAUUGAUGUGUCCUGCAUCAACAUGUCCAUGAGUGUUUUAGGCUACAACAUUUCCAUGCCUAUUAUGGUGGCUCCCACUGCUUUGCACAAACUGGCCCACCCAGAAGGAGAGGUUGCUUCUGCCCGAGCUACAGCUGCAGCAGGAACUAUUAUGAUGUUGUCUUCAUGGUCAUCUUAUAGUAUCGAAGAAGUUAACUCGAGUGGACCAGGACUCCGUUUCUUUCAGCUUUCUGUAUUCAAGGACAGGAACUUUGUGCAACAACUCGUCAGAAGGGCUGAAAAUGCUGGCUAUAAGGCAAUUGCCAUCACUGUUGAUGCCCCACGGCUUGGUCGCAGGGAAGCUGAUGUCAGGAACAGAUUCUCAUUGCCUGAAAAUGUGGUAUUGAAGUGCUUUGAAGGACUGGACCUCAGCAACUUGGACAAGAAGAAUGUUUCUGGCCUUGCUGCAUAUGUCACUAGCCAGAUUGACAGCUCUCUUUCUUGGAAGGAUAUCAAGUGGCUACAGACGAUCACCUCGUUACCUAUCUUGGUGAAAGGAGUCAUAACAGCUGAAGAUGCUCGAAUUGCUAUCGAAUGCGGUGUUGCGGGUAUUAUCAUGUCCAACCACGGGGGACGCCAGCUUGACUAUCUUCCGGCAACCAUCAGCUGCCUAGAAGAGGUUGUAAGAGAAGCAAAGGGGCGUGUUCCCGUGUUCCUUGACGGUGGCAUCCGCCGUGGCACUGACGUGUUCAAGGCUUUGGCUUUGGGAGCUUCAGGAGUAUUCAUUGGAAGGCCCGUGCUGUUCGCCCUCGCAGUGGACGGCGAGGCCGGCGUGAGGAAGGCGCUGCAGAUGCUGAAGGACGAGCUCGAGAUCGCCAUGGCGCUGAGCGGCUGCACGUCGCUGAAGGAGAUCACCCGCGACCACGUCAGCACCGAGGGUGACAGGAUCCGUCGCUCUCGGCUGUAGUCUCGCACUCUCGUGUUGAAGUGUUGGACCUGAACGCCCCUGUCGUAAACGGGUUCAGCGAUUCAGUAGCGUCAGCACAGGCAACCUGUGUUCUUGUGUUCCUGAGAGAUUCGUGCGUGCAUGCUUAACAAUGUGGGUGAUUCCAUUCUUGUUGUUAACUCGUGAGCUUGUGACUGGUGACUUGUAUAUCCGUUUUCCUAAUUUCGUUGCACUCGAGCUUCUGUAUCA